UCCGGGCCCCAGAGCGCUUAUAAUGGAGCCGCUGUCAGCGGAACCUUCUGCCGCCGCCGCCGCCGCCGCCGCCGUCCCUCCUCUUUUUUUUCCCGACAGAUCUUUGUUGUGUGGGAGGGCAGCAGGGAUGGACUUGAGCUUGCGGAUCUCCUGCUAGAGCAGCCGCGCUUGGAGAGGGCGCCGCAGCCGCGACGAGGAGCCGCCGCCGCCGCCCCGAGACCCCGCCGGUCCCGGCCUCCGUCCGCCCGCGCCCCCGCCCGGCCUUCUCGGCCCGCGCCUCCCGGCAGAGUCUCCUCCCGGCGGCAGAUGUGUGUGGGGUCCGCCCACGGCGGGGACUAUGGUGAAAUUCCCGGCGCUCACGCACUACUGGCCCCUGAUCCGGUUCCUGGUGCCCCUGGGCAUCACCAACAUAGCCAUCGACUUCGGGGAGCAGGCCUUGAACCGGGGCAUUGCUGCUGUCAAGGAAGAUGCAGUGGAGAUGCUGGCCAGCUACGGGCUGGCCUACUCCUUGAUGAAGUUCUUCACGGGGCCCAUGAGUGACUUCAAGAAUGUGGGCCUGGUGUUUGUGAACAGCAAGCGGGACAGGACCAAAGCUGUCCUGUGCAUGGUGGUGGCUGGUGCCAUAGCUGCUGUCUUCCACACCCUCAUAGCAUAUAGUGACUUAGGCUACUACAUCAUCAAUAAAUUGCACCAUGUGGAUGAGUCAGUGGGGAACAAAACGAGAAGGGCCUUCCUGUAUCUUGCUGCCUUCCCUUUUAUGGAUGCAAUGGCAUGGACCCAUGCUGGCAUUCUCUUAAAACACAAAUACAGUUUCCUGGUCGGAUGUGCCUCAAUCUCAGAUGUCAUAGCUCAGGUCGUUUUUGUCGCCAUUUUGCUUCACAGUCAUCUGGAAUGCAGGGAGCCUCUGCUCAUCCCCAUCCUGUCCUUGUACAUGGGCGCCCUUGUGCGCUGCACUGCCCUGUGCCUGGGCUACUACAAGAACAUCCACGACAUCAUCCCGGACAGGAGUGGGCCGGAGCUGGGGGGAGAUGCAACAAUAAGAAAGAUGCUGAGCUUCUGGUGGCCUUUGGCUCUCAUCUUGGCUACACAGAGAAUCAGUAGGCCUAUCGUCAACCUCUUUGUUUCCCGGGACCUUGGUGGCAGUUCUGCAGCUACGGAGGCCGUGGCAAUUUUGACAGCCACAUACCCCGUGGGUCACAUGCCAUAUGGCUGGUUGACGGAAAUCCGUGCUGUCUACCCUGCUUUUGACAAGAAUAACCCCAGCAAUAAGCUGGUGAGUACAAGCAACACAGUCACUGCAGCACACAUCAAGAAGUUCACGUUCGUCUGCAUGGCCUUGUCGCUGACGCUCUGUUUUGUGAUGUUCUGGACCCCCAAUGUUUCCGAGAAAAUUUUGAUAGACAUCAUUGGCGUGGACUUUGCCUUCGCAGAACUCUGCGUUGUUCCCUUGCGAAUCUUCUCCUUCUUCCCGGUUCCAGUCACCGUGAGGGCCCAUCUCACCGGGUGGCUGAUGACCCUGAAGAAGACCUUCGUCCUGGCCCCCAGCUCCGUGCUGCGGAUCAUCGUGCUCAUCACCAGCCUCGUGGUCCUGCCCUACCUGGGGGUACACGGAGCCACCCUGGGCGUGGGCUCCCUCCUCGCGGGGUUUGUGGGAGAAUCCACCAUGGUCGCCAUAGCAGCGUGCUACGUCUAUCGGAAACAGAAAAAGAAGAUGGAGAACGAGUCGGCCGCCGAGGGGGAGGACUCGGCGAUGACGGACCUGCCUCCCGCAGAGGAGGGCACGGACGUCGUGGAGAUGCAGGAGGAGCGCGACUGAGGCGCGGCCCCCCCCCCCCCGGGCGCUGCAGGGACGGCCGAGAUGACACUUCCGCGUCAUCCGCUCUCCCGUCGUGUUUUGUUCCGCUUUCGUCUUUGGUUUUCGUUUGGGUAAUGAAAGAGGCCUUGAUCUUAAGGCUUCACGGCCACUCUGGCACACUGGGUGUGCCCACGCUGAUGUGAAGACCUGCAGAAUGGUCUCGCCGUUGCUUUGUGGAAACAAACCAAACGACUGACUUCAUGCCCCCGCUCCGUGAGAACCCCGAAGACAUAGCUGCCUCGUAGCCCACGUUGCCUCCCCACCCCCUCGGACAGUCUCCCCUUGGAACCAAAGGGCCGCGGCUGUGCCGUCCAUCGCCCCUCAGACACCACCGGCCGGCAGGCCACAGACUGACCCUGUCCCCUUGCAUCGCUCUCGAGAACCAACAGGUGACAACUCGGCUUUCUUUGGUCGGCUUCCCAGUAACGUGACUGUGUCAGGAGAUGUGGCUCAGAGGCAUUGCACCGUGGAUGCGACGUGUGAACGCGCUGGACCGGUGGACGGCCGGAAGUAAUCUCCCGUGGGAAGGUGUGAGGUGCCUUGGGGGCAGAAACUGACACAUGCAAACGCUAGCACUUCACCUCGCCUCUUCCUAGAUUUGAAUGCGCGCUCACUUUCAGGCCCUGUCCUGUACAUACGUGAGCUGCCUUGCUAAAGUUGUCCCGAAGCGCAUCUCCCGGUUGCCGCGUCCUUGGGCAUGACUUUCCCUGAAGGCUUGUUUUUCCACUCGCCUUUCCUGAAGAUGGCACUAGAGCAAGGGAAACGGACGGAGCAUUCUAACUUUACGUUUUAGUUUUUAAAGUGAACUGAAGCUUUAAGUCAUAAUCUAGCAUUCUAAUGCCAGGUUGCUGCAUCAUCACUUUGGAAGUAGAUUUAUGACCUGGUCCCGCCGUUCUUAGUCCUAACCUUGCGGCGCAGGUAAUUCCGAGUGUACUUCUGUACUCCCCUCUCACACCACACGAGAAAGCAAGACAUUUUAUAAACAAUAGCAAAGUCACUAUGUGAUAUUCCCUGAAAUGACACAUUUGAAAUCCAUUUAGUGCAGUAUAUUUUUCUAAGUUUUGGAAAGCGGGUUUUUUCUUUAAAAAAAUUAUGGACACGGUUCACUAAAUUCUUGAUUUAGUCAAAAUUCCUAGACUGAAAGAACCUAAACACAAAAAUAUUUUAAAGAUAUAAAUAUAUACUGUAUAUGUUAUGUAAUUUAUUUUAGGCUAUGAUACAUUUCCUAUUUUCGCAUUUUCAAUAAAAUGUCUCUAAUACAAUACGGUGACAGCUCGUGUGCUCAACAUACCUGCAGUUGAAACGUAUUGUACCGAUGAACAGUGUGUCUUGUUUGCAGCAGUUUUACAGUCUCUCAUUUGUAUAUAAAUGUAAGGGUCAGUAAAUGACAAGAGAACUAUUUUUCAUUAUGAGCAACAGGGGUAUAAAUGGGUCAGCUGAUGUAGACAAUAGUGGGAGUGGAAAUAUAUGCUAGAAGGGCAAAAAAGAAAGAAGAAGUCCAGCUUUUUGCGUUUAUUGCUUUCAGUGCCGUGUAAUCAGAUUGUUCCUCAUAGAAAAAAGAAUGUAAAGGCUCGGAGUCAGCCAUGAAUAUCACAGGGUUCGUUCACAUGUCUGGACACCCAGUGACCCCUGGGGGACAAAUCCUCACGUGCUUCCUCUGAGCGGUUUUUCCGCUGAGAAUUAAGAUGUGUUGCUUUGGGGUGGUUUCAGGGGCAGAUCUGAGAAGAUGGGGAAAAAAUCUAAUUGUAUCGGCUUUUUUAAAGUACAUGACUAGAAAAUUAAACAGCAGUAUUUUUUAA